AUGGCGCGAUUUCGGGCCGCGAGGCACCUGGCCUGCUUCUACUGCGGCAAGAGGUCAGGGCUCCAGUACGACGGCGCCAUCCGCGACUUUCUCUGUCUGUACUGCGACGCGACGAAUUACUUGGACGAGAAUGGCGACAUCAUGGAUCCUCCAGUCGCCACGGAGCGCGAAGCCACGAUGACGCGAUAUGCGGCGCCCAAGUCGCCCACCCCGACGGACAGCAUCUUCUGCCCGACGUGCCUCAAGAAUCAGCACCUGUUCACAAAGUCAUUGGCGCAAUACUUCCCCGACGACCCCUCGGACCCCGACUAUGCGCAGCUCGAGCGCAACUACUAUCGCUACCGCCGGGGCCUCGAGAAGCGCUAUCCUCAGGUCUGCGACGAGUGCGCCGACAAGGUCGAGGCCAGGAUACGGCAGGCUGGGUACACGGCAAAGACGGAUCAUCUGCGGCGGAUGAUGGACCUGAGUCGAGGUCGGAAACCCACGACUACCAAAACCGCUCUUGACAAAGUCCACAGCCUAGGCAAGGCCAUCUGGAGAGCGGGCUUCGCGCUGCAGCUGCUCUGGCACCUCACGACCAUGGCCCUCGUGAUGCAGCAGCCGGGCGACGGGCUGCGCGACCCCGACGGUUUAACAGCUUCAGCGAUAGCCUUGGACUGGGCUAAACGUGCGGCAACCGUCCUCCCCGCACCAGACACGCUCAUUUGGUGGAGCACCGGAGCAGCCAUGGCGUCGGCGUGGUGGAAUCCCCACUUUGUCCAGCUGAACCGCGGCUUCACGCGGCAUCUGCUUGGAUUCACGCAGUGGUACUGCUUCCAGGGUCUCAUCAUCUUUUGUCGCCUCGUCUUCCGCGGCGUUCUCGUCAUCGAUGGGGGCCAGGGACAGUCAAGUCACGCCCAGUUGAGCGCCCACAUAGCCAUGGCAGCUGUUACGGCAUUGAUAUAUGUCUUAUCGAGGAGAUCGAUCCGUGUCGACACGUCGCCACUCUUCGGCACCAAUAGCCAGCCUGUGGCCGCCAGAGAGGCGGCGUCUCCCGCAACGAGGAAAAACGAAGCCACCAAGACUCUGUCCGAACUGUUCAACGAUGCCCUCGACUCUCCCAACAGCACCCCGCAGAGACCGAAGCCAGAGCAGCAAACCAAGCCGUCACCUUCUCCAUUCAGGGCUGCUGCCUCGCGGCACCACAUCAACAGCCCGGCCCCAUUGAUGAAAAAUCUCUCGAUGGCGCCAAACAGUCCAACCCGCGAAGUCCAAUAUGCCGAAGAGAUGGACUGGUCCCCAAUCACGCCUCGGCACCGCGCCUUUGCUGAUCAACCGUCGCCGAUCAAGGGUACCGGCAUGCUCGGGCAAGCGCCGGCCGAAAACAUGAGCAGCAACCCUUUCAGAUACAAGGUCCCUGCAGCACCGCUGAACCCAGCGCGGCGGCUGCGGAACCCGCCGCGAGUGCCAGAACCACAGCAACCGCCCGUCGAGCCGAACAGGGUUAUGUUCAGCGGCCACCGCAGAGAGAGCGCGCGAGAUGCAGAGCGCAGCGAGAUGAGGGAUGGCGUCGAGUUUCGGCAACCGCAGUUCUUUGCGCCAGAGCGAGAUGAUGCAAGUUCUUUAGCGGACUUGCUUAGCCAGAGCUUCAGUUUGAGCCAGGAAGACGACCAAGAAGACGAGGACGAUGGUGCCGGUGAAGGGGAUGGAACGCUCCAGGGUACAAGACCAAGUCAGACAAGGACGAAGGCGUCGGCAAAAGGCAAUCGUGACCGAGCCCGGACCUGGAAUCCUCGGUUAGUGGAGCCUCUUGUCCUCGCCGCUCUACUCAUGGCGUGGUUAUCGACCCUGGCCAUAGCCAUUCCGAGCCAAGUCGAGUGUCAACUCGCCGUCAUGGCCAUGUCUGGCGUGCUCGCCCUCCGCGGCACGGGAGAUGCGAGCGCCGAAAAGCAAUACGGUCCAGUGGCGGCCCAUGUACUCGCUGCGUGGGCCGUCGCAGAACUGGCGACUGUUUGCUGGGUCGCCUUGACGUUGUGGAAGAGGGAGACGGCGGGCGUCGGCUGGUAUGGGUCCGGCGUGCUGGCGUCGAUGCUGGCGCACCAGGCUUGGAGAAACGCGACAUGA